AUGUCUUCAUCACGGCAAGGGCAACGCGUUGAGGACAUCUACGAGCAGCAGAACGACCAGCGGCUAGAUGAGCUACACUCGAAGAUCCGGACACUUAGAGGGAUAACCAACGACAUCCAUGACGAUGUAGAAUCCCAGAACCUGAUCCUCGACCAAUCUGUGAGCCUACCAGGCCCUCCUACAUGA